AUGUCCAGCUCCUCAACCAGCUGGAACUCCGUUCUCUGUGCUACUCUGUUGCUGCAGCUAGUAGCAGGCCAGCUUGUCAAUGCAACAAGCUCCUCUCCCUCCUCCGCGUCGGCCAUUGUCGCCGAGGCCGUGUCCGGGUGGCACGACCUCAAGAUCGAGGGGUACUCCCUAACGAAGGGGCUCGGCAAAGGACGGUUCAUCAGAUCUGAAACUUUUGUCAACGCAUGCUAUCGCUGGUGCAUCAAAUACUACCCCGACGGCGAGGUCUCGCACGGCCCCGACUGGAUUGCUAUGCAGGUGCAACGUGAUGAUAGCACCGAUGGCAAGGACAUCAUGGCGAAACUCUCCAUCAAUUUACUUGACCACGAUGGCCGGCCGGUGGCAUUGCACAGCAAGAUAGACGAUCGAUUCGAUAGAUACCGUCCAAAAGAUUCGACGGGGUUUAUCAGGUUCAUGAAGAAGAAAGAUCUGGAGGAAUCAGAGUAUCUCAAGGAUGACUGCUUCAGCAUCAGGUGUCAUUUCACCAUCAAGAAUCAGACCCGAACCAUCGUGAGGGAGCCACGUGCCUCACCGUCCAUCACCGUGCCGCCGUCCAACUUGCACCUGCACCUGCUCGACCUCCUCAGAAGCGGACAUGGAGCGGACUUAGAGCAUCACUAG